AUGGCCAGAGUACCAACCCACACAUCCCACGCCUCCCGCACAAAGCAAACUAUUCUCGACCUCGCCAAAACCAUCACCGCUCGCUCCAACGCCGACAUCAUCGACCCAGGUCCACCCCCAGACGGCGGCACAAAAGCCUGGACCCAAGCCCUCUGCGGCCACUUCGUCGUCUUCAACACCUGGGGCAUGAUCGCCACCUUUGGCGUCUUCCAACAGUACUACACGCUGCGCCUCGGACUCGAGCCCUCGGCCGUGUCCUGGAUCGGCAGUUUCCAAAUGCUGGGCCACUUUGCCCUCGGAAUGCUCACCGGCCGCCUCUUCGACGCGGGCUUCUUCUACUGGUCCGCCGUGCCCGGCAUGCUGGUCUCCGCGCUGGGCAUGUUCAUGACCAGCCUGUGCACCCGGUACUGGCAGUUUUUCCUCGCACAGGGCCUGAUGACGGGCGUGGGCAACGGCUUGCAAUUCGCCCCCGUGCUCAGUCUUGUGAGCACGUAUUUUGCCCGCAAUAGGAGUGUCGCCCUCGCCAUCAUGGCCUCGGGGAGUGCCACCGGUGGCCUGGUUUAUCCGACCGUGGCACGCCAGUUGCUGCCGCGCAUUGGGUUUCCGUGGACGGUCAGGGUAAUGGGGUUUAUGAUGCUGGCCGUGGGGACGGGCUACAGUUGUCUUUUGAAGCCCAGACUGCCGCCGCGCAAGUCGGGGCCGGUGCUGGAGCUUAGUGCUUUUGCCGAGUUGCCGUAUAGUGUGUUUUUGCUGGGUGUCUUUCUCAUUGCGCUGGGCCAGUACUUUGCCUUUUACUACAUUUCUUCUUUUGCGGUUGAUAUCCUAGGGUUGCCGUACGGAACCUCGAUCAAUGUCUUGCUGGUUCUCAACGGCAUUGGCGUGCUUGGUCGUCUGGUACCAUCUUGGUUUGCGGACAAGUACACGGGGCCGUACAAUAUUCUCAUACCUUUUUGUUUCGUUUCCACCCUCGUCUUGUUCUUUUGGCCUCUAGUCAAGAGCGAGCAAGGACUGUAUGCCUGGGCUGUAUGCUAUGGCUUCUUCGUCGCCGGUUUCCAAGGCAUCUUCCCGGCAGUCAUGACUACUCUAACAAAGGAUAUGAGUAAAGUAGGGACAAGAAAUGGACAGGGCCUUGCGAUUGUGGGCUUGGGUACCUUUAUUGGACCUCCGAUUGCAGGGGCCUUGAUACAGAACUACGGUGGAGGCUACCUGAGUGCACAGCUAUUUGCGGCUACAGCCGUGUUGCUAGGUAGCUCUAUUUUAGUUUUGGGUAGAUUGAGCAUCACGGGCUUAAAUCUUAAGGCGAAAGUUUGA